UACAGAAAGAAAAAAUACGACCAGAGUCUAGAAAGAGAUUUUUGUCAAAACUGGAGCGAAAACAACCUGUUCAGAAUGGUGAAGUGUCUUCCUUAUUAGGAGUUCAGGCAGCAGGGGAAGCAAGGAGAGUUUCUUUUAUUCAGUCUAAAAAAGGAAGUGAAAAUCAGAAAAUGAAAGAUUUAAUUAAAGCUCAGGAAAAUAUUCAAGUUCUUGAACAAGAAAAGAAAAACCUUGAAGAAAAAUUACAAAAAGCUGUAGAGGAAACUGGAAAAGGUAACAGGCAAUUCACAAAAUCAGUAAUACCUCCUGGUGUUCAAGAUAUGCAUGUUAUUUAUCCUGAGGCUGAGGAGGAGGAUGCUGGCACUGAUGUGAAAAUAAAUGAUAAAGAUUUAUCAAAGAAAAGCAAACUUCCAACAAAAUUUAAAGGUAAGGAAGAAGAUCAUACAUUUUCAAGACAAAAAUCUAUUAAUGGAACUGAUAAAUCAGUAUCAAAAUUACCAGCAAUUGACACAGGGAAGCAAAAAGGUGAACUACUUUCAAGGAAAACUCCAGUAGAAACUGAGAAAAAUCAAGAAAUUAUGACAUCACAACUAAAAGAUUUUAAACUAGAGAAAAAAGUAUUAACUGAUAAAGAAAACUCUAAAGAUUAUGGGGUUCCAGAAAACAGAUUAAAGGGAAAAGUCCUUGUUCAGGAGAGAGGACAACUGUAUAAAGCUAAAGACUCAGCUGGUGUCAUGGAAGAGACCCCAAAACUUCAGUUUCCUCAGUCUGAAUAUGAAAGCGUACAACAUACAACUCUUUCUACUGACAAAGAGCCAGUACCUGUUAAAAUCAAAGAAGAAUCAAAAGGAAAAAAAACCCAGACAGAAGAGAAAUCAGAAACACCUUUGAAAUUAGAUUCCCAAGGAUCUACUAAACGUAAGAAAGCUGCAGAAACAAAAAGAGGAAAUUCCAUGAAAAAAAGCUCAGAUCUCUCACAGUUACACAAAGUCCAAGAAGAAUCACCUUUGGACAGCAGUCCAGAUAAGUCAUUUUCAGGAGCUAGAGGCCAGCUUAUUUCAGCAAAGCAAGAGAAAAUAUCUCCAGAAAACUCUCAGAGAAAGGAAGCACAAGCUACAGAAACUCUUAGAUCUAGUAUCAAAGAUCCUGCUGUCUUCACAGACAAGAACUUAACAUUGCCAUCAACUUUAAUUCCCAAAGUUCAAGAUUCCGUUAAAGAUUUAUUUCCCAGUCACAAAGAAACUUCUGCUGAUUUUGCCAAAAUUAAAGAAGAAUCUCAAAAAACUGUUAUUUUUCCAAUUGAAAUGAAACCUGCUACCAUAUCCUCAAAGAUUCUUGAAGAAGUAUCUGCAGGUUUUACUACAGAGGAUAAGAUAUCUACUACAACUACUUCUUCUGUCAAAGAAGAAAGGGUUGCUCAAGCGGAUAUUCAAGGCGUUCCUAAAGACCAAGAGACACUAAUUUUGGAGAAUAUCUUACCUGAUGAAAAAUCUCUUUCAAGGAAUUACAAAGAGGCAGUAGAUUUUAAAGAGAGGAAACUGCGUGAACUAUCAGAAGCGAGAAAGGCUUUGCUUGAAAGUCUGGAAUCAAAUCUUGAAGAUCUACAACAAGCACAGGCUCUAGCAUCUAGCCAACCAAGCAUUAUGGCUGAGAGCAAAGUAGAGGAGCUAACCAAGAAAAGAGAGAUUUUACUUGCAAAGCUGGAAGUAAAUCUAAAAGAUUUGCAAGAAGCACAGGUUUCUGCAAUGGGCCAGAUGGGAAAAGAGAAAUUGAGUGAGAAAGAGAGACUACAAUUACCAGACUUUAAGAAGGAAGCAAGUGAACCAUCACAUUUGCAGAUACCAAAGUCAGUGUCAUCCCUUGCAGGUCUGCAGCCAACAUUAGGUGAAGUAUCUG